AUGACAACAGAAUAUCCAGACUAUGAGGGAGAGCCAGAUGUUGAAUUUUGCAACCUUGACCCUGCUCCAAUGCAAACCGUUAUACAAAGCUACAUUCAUUCCAUCAUCUGUGCCGUCGGCCUAAUUGGCAACGUGCUUGUUAUUGUCACAUACGCAUUCUACAAGAGAACCAAGACAAUGACUGACAUCUAUCUCUUUAACAUGGCUCUGUCAGACCUGCUCUUUGUGGUAGCUCUCCCUCUGAUUGUACACAAUGAGUCCCACGGGUGGUCGAUGGGCUCCAUGGCUUGCAAAAUGCUACAGGGGGCCUACAGCAUCAAUCUCUACAGUGGCAUGCUGCUGCUAGCCUGUGUCAGCGGCGACCGGUAUGUUGCUAUAGUCCAGGCUAGACGCUCCUUCGGGGCUCGCUCAAAGGCCUUGAUCUACUCCCGCCUUAUCUGCUUGGCCAUUUGGGUGCUAGCCACAGCUUUAUCUCUCCCUACGGUCAUCUACAGUGAAGGCUUUGAAGAGCUGGACUUGGGGACCGGGGCUGUGACUGUCAACUGUCAACUGCAUUUCAAUGGAAACAAAACUGCGAAGCUGAUGAAGGUGCUGCUGCCCAGCCUUCAAGUUUCCAUUGGGUUCGCCCUGCCUCUUUUGGUCAUGAUGCUGUGCUACUCAAGCAUUGUAUACACCCUGCUGGGGACACAGAGUGGCCACAAGCAUAAGGCAAUCCGUGUUAUUUUGGUGGUGGUGGUGGUCUUCAUCAUCUGCCACCUGCCGUACAACACAGCCCUGCUGACCCACACGCUCUCCCUGUUUAAGGAGAGGGGUUGUAGGGCCGAGAAGAUAAAACUCCGAGUCCUGGCCGUCACCAAGAGUGUGGCCUACCUCCAUUGCUGUCUCAAUCCAUUCCUCUAUGCUUUCAUCGGGGCAAAGUUCAGGAACCACUUCCAGAAAGCACUGAAUGAUCUGUGGUGUCUCGGAAGGAGGUACAUCUACUCUGGUCGCACAUCAUGCGGGACAUCUGAUAUGUACGUCUCGGCCCACAAGUCCUCGGAUGGAGCCAGCAAUGACAACGGGUCAUCAUUCACUGCAUGA